AAGUGAUCCAGCUCAAGUGAAGUCUUCAGCUGCACUCCUAAAUCUGUGAGGAAACCAGGACUCAGUGGCACUGCUAGCAAAGAUGGAGGCAGCUGUUCACACACAGCUUCUGGAGACCCUGGGAGAUUUGGGAGAGAAGGAACUGAAAUAUUUUAAGUGGUAUCUACAGAAACCGGAGUUACUAGAUGGUUUACCAGCCAUCCCAAAGAAUGAUCUUCAGAGAGCUGACAAACAGAAAACAGUGAAUUUGAUUAUCAAGACCUACAAACCAGAAGAUGCUGUGAAAGUCACCAGGAAGCUUCUGGAAAAAGUGAAGGCUCAUACAAAUAAACCUGUUGUGAAACAAAAACAACCAGCCCAGGCAGUUUCAUCAGAAGAGUCUCUUCAAAGGUGUCAGGAUCAUCUCAAGUCUAACCUGAAAGAGAAGUUCCAAAGUGUGUUUGAGGGAACUACCAAAGCUGAAAACCCAAUCCCAGCCCUACUGAAUCAGAUCUACACAGAGCUCUACAUCACAGAGGGAGGGUCUGCAGAUGUCAAUGAGGAACAUGAGGUCAGACAGAUUGAAACAUCAUCCAGGAAACCAGACAAACCAGAAACAACAAUCAGACAAGAAAACAUCUUAAAAACCUCACCUAGAAGAAUUAAACAAAUCAGAACAGUCCUGACAAAGGGAGUGGCUGGCAUUGGGAAAACGGUCCUAACACAGAAGUUCACCCUCGACUGGGCUGAAGACAAAGCCAACCAGGACAUUAAGUUUAUAUUUCCAUUGACUUUCAGAGAGCUGAAUGUGCUGAAAGAGGAAAAGUUUAGCUUGGUGGAACUUGUUCAUCACUUCUUUACUGAAACCAAAGAAGAAGAAAUAUAUAGAUUUGAUGAGUUCCAGGUUGUGUUCAUCUUUGAUGGUUUGGAUGAGUGUCGACUUCCUCUGGACUUUGACAAAGCUGAGAAUGUGACUGAUGUUACAGAGUCCACCUCAGUGGAUGUGCUGCUGACAAACCUCAUCAGGGGGAACCUGCUUCCCUCUGCUCGCCUUUGGAUAACCACACGACCUGCAGCAGCCAAUCAGAUCCCUGCUCAGUGUGUUGACACGGUGACAGAGGUCAGAGGGUUCACUGACCUACAGAAGGAGGAGUACUUCAGGAAGAGUUUCAGAGAUAAGAAGCAGGCCAGCAGGAUCAUCUCCCACAUUAAGACAUCACGAAACCUCCACAUCAUGUGCCACAUCCCAGUCUUCUGCUGGAUCACUGCUACAGUUCUGGAGGAUGAGCUGAAGACCAGAGAGGGAGGAGAGCUGCCCAAGACCCUGACUGAGAUGUACAUCCACUUCCUGGUGGUUCAGAUGCAAAUGAAGAAGGUCAAGUAUGAUGGAGGAGCUGAGACAGAUCCACACUGGAGUCCAGAGAGCAGGAAGAUGAUUGAGUCUCUGGGAAAACUGGCUUUUGAUCAGCUGCAGAAAGGAAACCUUAUCUUCUAUGAAUCAGACCUGACAGAGUGUGGCAUUGAUAUCAGAGCAGCCUCAGUGUACUCAGGAGUGUUCACGCAGAUCUUUAAAGAGGAGAGAGGGCUGUACCAGGACAAGGUGUUCUGCUUCAUCCAUCUGAGUGUUCAGGAGUUUCUGGCUGCUCUUCAUGUCCAUCUGACCUUCAUCAACUGUGGAGUCAAUAUGCUGGAAGAAGAACAACAAAAAACAACCUUCGAUAUGCCUGAAACCAAAAACGAAUCUGUAGCAACACGCUUCUACCAGAGUGCUGUGAACAAGGCCUUACAGAGCCCAAAUGGACACCUGGACUUGUUCCUCUGCUUCCUCUUGGGUCUUUCACUGCAGACCAAUCAGAUUCUUCUAAAAGGCAUGCUGACACAGACAGGAAGUAGCUCACAGACCAAUCAGGAAACAGUCCAGUAUGUCAUGGAGAAGCUCAAUGAGAAUCUGUCUGCAGAGAAAAGCAUCAAUCUGUUCCACUGUCUGAAUGAACUGAAUGAUGGUUCUCUAGUGGAGGAGAUCCAACAGUCCCUCAGAUCAGGAAGUCUCUCCACAGAUAAACUGUCUCCUGCUCAGUGGUCAGCUCUGGUCUUCAUCUUACUGUCAUCAGAAGAAGAUCUGGAUGUGUUUGACCUGCAGAAAUACUCUGCUUCAGAGGAGGCUCUUCUGAGGCUUCUGCCAGUGGUCAAAGCCUCCAACAAAGCUAAACUGAGCCACUGUAACCUCUCCCAGAGAAGCUGUGAAGCUCUGUCCUCAGUUCUCAGCUCCCACUGCUCCAAUCUGAGAGAGCUGGACCUGAGUAGCAACAAUCUGCAGGAUUCAGGUGUGACGCUUCUGCUUGUUGGGCUGAGUCCAGACUGGAAACUGGAAACUCUCAGGCUGAGUGGCUGUAACAUCUCAGAGAGAAGCUGUGACGCUUUGAUCAGAGUUAUUCAGUUCUCUAAUCUCAGAGAGCUGGAUCUGGAAAACAACAACUUGCAGGAUUCAGGAGAAAAACUGCUGUCGGUUGGAUUGGAGAGUCCACACUGUAAACUGGAAUCUCUUAGAUUUGAUCCUUGUGGAGUUCGAUGGUUGAGACAAGGUCUGAAAAAGUAUUCCUGUGAACUCACAGUUGACACAAACACGGUACACAGUAGGAUCAAUCUGUCUGACAACAACAGGGAGGCUGAGUGUGGGAGGCAGGAUCAGUCAUAUCCUGAUCAUCAAGACAGAUUUGAACAAUAUCCUCAGCUGCUGUGUAGAAAUGGUCUGACUGGUCGUUGUUACUGGGAGGUUGAGUGGAGAGGAAGAGUUCAUAUAUCACUGAGUUACAGAGGAAUCAGGAGGAAAGGCCUCUGUGCUGACUGUGUGUUUGGGGGGAAUGAAGAGUCCUGGAGUCUUUUCUACUACAAUGGUGGUUACUCUGUUUGCCACAGAAACAGAGAAACAGCCAUCACCACCACUUCCUCCUCUUCAACUGUCUCUAACAGAGUAGCAGUGUAUGUGGACUGUGCUGCUGGCACUCUGUCCUUCAACAGAGUCUCCUCUGACACUCUGAUCCACCUCCACACCUUCAACACCACAUUCACUGAACCUAUUUAUCCUGGAUUUGGACUCUGGUCUCCUGGUUCUUCAGUGUCUCUGUGUUCUCUGUAGGAGGAAGGAGGUCUCCUCUGGUCAGAGAAACUUCCUCAGCCUUGAUCAGAUACUUCAGUCUUCACAGACACACGUGCUCUCUCAUUGGCUAGGAAAUAACUGAGUGUAUAUUCAACAUGUGGUUCUAAUGAUUGACAGUUUUCAGACAAGUCACUUCAUUCACUCCUGCCUCAAAGACACAUUGGGAGCUGAUGCUUUCCCUCAUCUUUCACAGUGGUUAGAGCACACAGGUUACAACUGCAUCGCUACAUAGCCCAUCAUCAUUUCCAGAUGAAGGUGAAAGUAACGCAAAUGAUUAUGAAGGGUUAGAGAUUCAUAUCUAUGGAGAAUGCAGUGCUGAGCUAACAGAGUCACCUUUACCCCGGUCAUCCCUGAGGUUCUACCUUUUUUUCCCCUUUUCUUUCUAACCCAGGUCUGUUAGACUCCUUGAAUGGAUGAGACAAAAAACAAAUA